UUGAAAAUUUUUGAGAAAUACAUGGUGUCUGCUCCCUACCUUCAUUUUGGCGUAUAUACAUUAACCCUGACUGAGCCUUUCAAAGAGAGAAAUCGAACACCCCGUUUGACGUCAAUUUGCAUUAUGAAUUAAUAUGAUCACCUUGUGAUUCAAUUUCAUUGAUGCAAAAGGGGGGUGGACGAAUGGUUAGCACGUGCGCGCUGUAUCAUAAGGUCUGUCAUUGAGUCAACUGGCGUGGUUUCGAUUCCCCGGUUGUACAUGACAAAGGUAGGGUCGCCUGUACAACCUCGUGGGUUUUCUCCGGGUCCCCCCGUUUCCUCCCACUGCUAAAGACCCCUACGCGCAAGCGAAUUAUUGAAAUAAAAUUGAACCAUGUGUUAGUCCCGAAAUGACCUAGUGGACGUUAAACCCAAUCUCUCUCUCAUUGACGCAAAACAUUAUUGGGAUAUCACAUUAUGUCUAUAUAUCAAUAUCUCGCGCUUUGAAUGCCCAUCCCCAUCCUGCCAUCUGACGUUAAGGAUAAAGCACACCAACGUGAAAAUUUAUGUAGCUGAGCGGGGGGUGGGGGAGCACAAUCUCCCCUCUGGGUCCGCCCCUGUAUGUAUUCGUGAAAAGGUUUGUAUAGUGCGUAUAACUUGAUAAUGUUUAGCACAUGCAUGAAGGACGCAUGAAUUCUUUUCAUGAUUUUGAAUGUCACUAUCACGGUGAAGUAGAGGAGACCUUUCUGCCUGCAUAUAAUCAGGGGCGGAUUGGGGCCGGGAACCUUUUACUGUCAAGGAAUGUUUAACACCAGCCUCGGGAAAUCGUCCGCACUCAUCAUAUUCAGUCAGCAGACCAGCUAUAAUAUCAUCAAAUUUUGCUGAGGCCUUAAAAUUGAAUUCUUUUUUUGAGUUACGAACCAUCGGCAGACGUUUCUGGCGUAUCCCCACAAACAGGGUGCAGGUGACUUAAUAAUUAGUAAAUUUCCGGGCGACAGUGUUGAGUGAAUACGAUGAAAUUUUCGGAUGAAAUUCGGAAUCCUAACUCAUUGCAGGAUUCCGAAUUCCGGCCUAUACAUAUACUACCAGCACACCCGGCCCAGAAAGUCUAUUAUACCAGCCCAUUCAACAAGAUCAUCAUCGCUCCAUUUCCGGUCCAAUACCCCCCCAUUUAAUGUUCAGCAGAAAAAAGUUUUUUUUAGACGAAUUAUUUUGUUCAUUUUUUGUCCGACCGACUCACCGGGAGUGACCGGCCCUUUAUUUGCACUGGAAAACCUAGUCUAGUGAUUCAAGGGAAGCAACUCUAACAAUGACUCUUCUUUGAGAAGAUAGACAUGCUGUAGAGGGAAUUUUAAUUUUAGCACUUUUCAGAAAAUUAUUUAACAAAAUAAGAGUAAAAUAAUCACACCAAAGAUGUCAUUUUCAUUUGGUGGUGGUGCUCCUGCUUCUACCCAAGCGUCGCUUUUCUCUUCUACUGGCACAACGUCUACGCCGUCAACUGGGUUUGGUUUUGGAUCGACAACUGGCGGAACUGCGACUGGAUUUGGUACAACGCCGGCGGCAUCAACCACUGGAUUUGGUUUUGGUGGAACCGCCACGACAGCACCAACAGGCCUUACUGGAUUUGGGACUGGAACAUCAACAGGUUUGUCGGGAUUCGGAACUGCAACAUCAACCACACCGUCAACAGGUUUGGGUGGAUUUGGUUUUGGAACACAAACAGCAACUUCGAGCGGUUUUGGAACUUCAUCUGGUUUUGGAACAGGAACUUCUACUGGUUUUGGAACAGGAACUACAGGAUUUGGAACGGGAACUACAGGAUUUGGAACGGGAACAGGAACUACAGGAUUUGGAACAGGAACUGGAACUACAGGAUUUGGAACAGGAACCACAUCUUUUGGAACCGGAACAACAGGAUUUGGAACCGGAACAACAGGAUUUGGAACAGGAACUACAGGAUUUGGUACUGGAACCUCCACUGGUUUUGGAACUGGAACGUCUACAAUGUUUGGGGGAUUUGGAGGAGCAUCAACUGGUUUAGGAGCAGGAUUAUUAGGAGGUCCACAAACUCAGCAACAACAGCAGCAACAAGCGGCCACAGAUUUAUCUCAAAUGGCAAUGGCUGUGUCUUUACCCCAGAUCUAUGGUGAUGAACGGGAUGCUAUUAUUGCCAAGUGGAAUCAACUACAAGCUUUCUGGGGUGUUGGUAAAGGUUUUUAUAGUCAGGAUGGAGUUGUAGAAUUCAAACCAGAUAAUCCUUUCUGUCGAUUCAAGGCUAUAGGUUAUAAUGCUAUCAGGGGUGUAGAAAAGAACAGCGAUGGUUUAAUUAUAUUAAUCUUUUGUUACAGGCUAUAG